UAGAUUUUGCUUAUCACCUGGAAUUAAUUUUUGUGCAUAUUGUGGGUCUGGCUCAUAUUCUACUUUUUCCAUGUUGAACCGUUUAUUGGAAAUCCAUUCUGUACUCACGGAUUUGUAAUGUCCCCUCUUCUAAAUCAAGUUUCCAAAUAUAUAUGGGUCUGUUCUUAAGAUACUUUUACAGUUCAUGAGCUUUACAUUUCACAUCCAACUGUUGAGUUGUAAUGGAAAUGGUGUAGUGUGGCGGCCCAUGUUCCAGGGGCAGUAAUGAGCUGUGAGACUUUGGACAAGUCAUUCCACUACACAGGGCUCGUCUUCAAUAGUAUAUAAAAUAACGGAGUUCUUCUCUUACCUUUUCUCAUUAGUGACCCCUAUGAGGAUCUAAUUAAAAUCAUAGAUCCUGGGGUGCCUGGGUGGCUCAGUUGGUUAGGCGACAAGCUGGGCAAGUACCAGGAGGCGGAAAGGUGAGCCAUGGCCCCAGAGGAGGCGUGUGGGAGAGGGGUGUGUCUGAAGAUGCGCGCCGUCUGCUUAGAGGACAGUGAUACAGGAAUCUGGGUGGAGGAGGCCCCGGGUGUCUCUCCCCUCCCCAGGUUCUACGUGACAGUGGAAGAACCUGAUCUUGCCAUCACCAUGUUCAAAAAGCACAAGCUGGAUGAUGAUAUGAUCCGCCUGGUAGGGAAGCACCACCCAGAUCUCCUCAGUGACAUACACCUACACCUGGGCAAGGAGCUGGAAGGUGAAGGCCGACUGCAGGAGGCUGAGUAUCACUACCUCGAGGCUCAGGAGUGGAAGGCAACAGUGAACAUGGACCGGUCCAAUGGGCUUUGGGAGGCGGCCUACCGGGUGGCCCAGGCUCACGGAGGAGCUGAUGCCCACAAGCACGUGGCCUAUCUGUGGGCAAAGAGCCUGAGAGGAGAGUCCGCAGUGAGACUGCUCACUAAGCUCGGACUCCUGGAGGCUGCCGUGGACCACGCCGCCGACAACUGCUCAUUUGAAUUUGCUUUUGAACUCUCCCGGCUGGCCCUCAAGCACAAAACCCCUGAGAUGCAUCUCCAAUAUGCUAUGUACCUGGAGGAUGAGGGUAAAUUUGAAGAGGCCGAAGCUGAAUUCAUCAGGGCUGGUAAGCCCAAGGAAGCAGUCCUCUUGUUUGUCCGUAACCAGGACUGGGAGGCAGCUCAGCGUAUGGCCAAGGCCCACGAUCCUGACAGUGUCGCCGAGGUGCUUGUGGGGCAGGCCCGGGGGUCCUUGGACGAGAAGGACUUUCAGAAAGCAGAACAGCUGCUGCUUCAGGCCCAGAGACCGGGCCUGGCCUUCAAUUAUUAUAAGGAGGCUGGAUUAUGGAGCGACGCCCUGUGGAUCUGCAAGGACUAUGUUCCGGGCCAGCUGGAGGCUCUGCAGGAAGAAUAUGAGCGGGAGGCUACCAAGAAAGGGGCCAGAUGCUGCUCUUUGACCCAGUGAUCUUGGGACUGUCCCUAAAUGUUCCAUUAUUUGAUGAUGUGACUGUUUUGACUCAGUCAGAUUUCUGGUUAUGGGGUCAGAAGCCGACCCCAUAGUUUCCAUCAUUUGAUGGCUUUGCCUUGGACUCAUCUCGGAAGAUUCUAAGAUCUGAUGCCAUGGGGUCAAACUUGGAGAUUCCAUGACUUGAUGAGGUAGCCCUGGGGUUAAUGCUGUAGUCUUUGUGCCUUGAACAUAUGUUUGUGGAGUCAACUCCACAGACUCUCGCACUUGAAUCCAUGACCCAGGUGUCAACUCCAGAGGUUUCCUGACUUGAGAUACUGGCCUCGAGGUCAAAUCCUGAGUUUCUGCAACUUGUGAUUGUGGUCUUAAGAUCAUUCCCAUGGAUGACCCCAGUGCUCCUGGACUUACCUUUAAAGAACGUAUGGAUUGAUGUGAUGACAUUGGAAUCAUCCCUACUGAUUCUGUGACUUUAAGUGGUCGCUUUGGAGGUAAACCCACAGAUCCUACAACUCCAGGUGGACCAAGAAUAGGAGGAGAGCUAGAAGAUGUCAAACCAACUGGUUGAGCUGCUCCUGGGGACAAAGUUGCAAUUUCAGACUGUGAAUCUCCAGAUUCUAUAACAUGUGGCCAUGCUGGUGGAAUUAUUCCCAUGAAAUCCAUAGCUUGUAAUAGUGCCACUGGAUUA